UUCCAUUCUUGUCUUGCCUCCAAUAACCGAGCGCUGCUCCCCAAUUGGCCAACCAACAUGCAAACAGCAGUGCUGUCUGUGUCCCUGCGUGUCGUGCCGCCAUACUCGUCAUUGCCACCUUGAGGCUCACGUAGUCUUGUCGAAAAUAAAACGUGUCUUCGACGUCCCAAACCUUUUCAACGGGAACUAGCACGAUUUUCAAUCGUCGCUUUGUGCCUCGUUAACUACAUACUAGUAGUAGGAACAUUGUCUACGAACUAUCGCAAUCAUGGCCGAUAUAGUCAGUGCCUACAUGAGCACGCCUCCUAUUGCUAGGACGGUCGCAACAGCUGUAUUUCUAUGCUCUGUAGGAGUCUACACAGGCAUAUUAAGCGCUGAACCUUUCAUCUUCCAUUACUCCCUACUCUUCAAGUUUCCACCUGGACUCUAUCGACUUGUAACAAGCUUCCUAAUAACAGGUUCUGGAAUGGCUGUGUUGUUUGAUACAUACUUCGUCUUCACAUACUUGAGCCAGCUCGAGAACAACUCCAAAUUCCGGAACAAGGAGGACUUGGUCUGGUACUUGAUAUUCGUCACAAGUGUCAUUUGUCCUUUGAACGCGCUCUUCACAGAAGGCAUGUUACUCCUACAGGCAUUGCUCAUUGCAAUGUGCUAUACAGCAACGCAGGACCAGAGAGGCAUGAACGCACACUUUUACAUCAUCACCAUUCCCGCACAGCUUAUGCCGUACUGUCUUCUGCUCGUCCAGCUCCUCUUCCCUGGCGGCUGGGUUAAUUUCAAGAUUGGAUUAACUGGCCUUAUUGCCGCUCAUCUUCAUGACUUCCUCACACGGAUAUACCCCGAGUUUGGAAAUGGUCCCAACCUCAUCCCCACUCCAGGCUUCCUCUCGUGGUUUGUGAAUUCGCCAAGGGUCCGUGACACUGUCUACGGCCAAGCGAUCCAGCCCCAGAGGGCAGGAACUGGAAGUGGUCCUUUACCCGAUUCAUGGAGGAGCAAGGGUCCCGGUAGGCGUCUAGGUUAAAACCACACAUAGAUUAAUAGUUAACGAUGGACGAUGAAUGUAAACAUGAUCUGAGUCUA